AACGGCUCCGCCGGUCCCGGUACCGUCAUGGCUCGGACCGGCUCCGGUGCCCUCCUCUCCCGCCGAAACAUCAAGCUCGACUCUUUCCUGAAGCGGAACACGGAGCGGGCCGUGUACGAGCGGAUCCGCGCGCACGAGCCGUGCGUGGUGAUCUCGGAGACCGUCAAUAAGGUGUACAUGCACGCGGUGCUGAGCGACGAGCGCGUGUACCUGACGGAAUACCCGCCGCGCACGCUCACCGAAGCCUUCAGCUUCAGGCGCGUGCGCGACGUCGAGCUGGUGAACGACCUCCCAGAUUUCCUUCAUGGGAAGAACCGUGAAAUCUGCCAGCACAUUCGAAUCACCUACGUCACGGACAAGCCUGCUGCGAGGGGCCGUGAUUGGCUGAGGAGAUACAAGAGGGUGGGGCUUCCCCCCGCAGCCCCGCCCUCUCGCAGGACCAGCUACUGCCCGACAACAACACACACCGUAGAAGGACUUCCUGCACAGAGCUCCGGCGAGCUCCGAGCGUCGUCACCUCUAAGCUCCGCCUCCUGUCCCAACCCGGAGACUCUGGGCCUGGUCGGGGUCCCGUCCGCCGGCUCCCCCACCUUCCCUCUGUCGACCUUCCCCGACACCGGCCAGGUAAAGGGACUGUUAAAAAAAACACACACACACAACAUGUCCCCCCCCCACACACACACUGGCGUGUUGACGGUCGGUGUGGAUCUAUAGGUCCCGAGGCGGAUCGGCGCCGCUCUGUCUCGCCUGUUGAAACGGGACCCGGCGAGCGGCGGCGGCGAGGAGAGGGAGGCCGAGCUGCACCUGUACGCCGUGUCGCACGCCUCCAGACUCUACCUCCAUCUCCAGAGCGCCUGGAGCAGCUUCAUCAUCAGGUCCACUCUGUCCUUAGACCCGCUCUACAGGAGAAAGUGCAGCGCUUCGCCCGACCCCUGUGCCGGAAAACGACUUCCUGCCAUCAGCUGGGAGCGGACCAGCCACCUGUUUGCCCAGCUGAGCUGUGAGCUCCUGCAGGAGGGGAUCCGAGUGGAGAGCCUCUACCUGCUACUGCAGGAGCUGAGGACCGCCGCCCAGCGCCACGUCGCCCUGCGCCGCCUCUUCUGGAGGUCCAGUGAGCUGCUCGUCUUCCUGGUUCAGACUCUGGAGGAAUCUCUGCACGGCCACCAGAGCCUCAGUGGAGACUUCACCGCAGACCAACUCCUGCUGAGUACGCUGACGGUCCAGACGCUCGCCGUCAUGUUCAGGGAGACGGAGGUGGAGCCGGCCCGACUCGCCCUGCUGGCUGCCACCAGAGGAGCCCUGGCCUCCAGAAUGCUGCUCGCCUUGAUCUGUGACGCAGAUCCACAAACGCGGAACCGAAGAUCUCCGGUGGACCGCGAGGCCUUACUGUCCGAGUACCUGGACGCCGCCUGCUCGCUGCUCUUUGAGCUGCUGCUUUUAGGCCACAACGCCAGCAGGUGUUCCCCUGACGACCACUUCCUGUCUGUUGGCUGGAUCCUCGGAGUCCUGCAGCCUCAUCCUCACGUGUUGUCCUUCAUCGGGUACCAGGUCCAGCAGGUGGUGCUGGUCCUGUCGGACCCUCAGGAGUCCCCUCUGAGUCCACUUCAGUCCGUCCUGCUGUUCCAGCGCUGUCGUCUCCUGCUGGCCAUCCUGCAGCACGACGCCCGGCUGGCCGCCCACCUGCGCUCCCACUUCCGAGAGGAGUUCAGGUACUUCGUGAAGCUGUCGUGCGCCGAGGAGAAGCUGCCGGCCCGAUACCCGAUCAGCCAGCCCACCCUGCAGCUGGUGGAGCAGAUCCUGACUCAGCAUCUGCAAAGAUGACCCCACAGAACGGGACACGACCCCCAAAAACUAAGUCCCAGUGAGUUUAUUGUGAGCCCAAAGAAAGAGGAACUGGGCGGGAAAGAGUCACACUACUUUCUGACUCUUGUUGUUGUUUUGUUUUGCAAUGUUCCUUUAAUGCUCAAAAUAAACACUAUUUUAAGUGGA